AUGGCCCUUCUUAAGCCCGCUAGGCGGGCGGCGAACGCGGUUGCCACUAUUGGGCUGCGAUCGCUCAGCACGCUGGUUCUGGCAGAGCAUAAGGAUGGCGUGCUGCAGCCCAACACGUUGCAUGCACUGACGGCAGCCAAACAGCUGGGGGGGCCUGUCACGGUGCUGGUGGCGGGGGAAAGCACCACCUCCGCGGCUGAGGCAGCCAGCAAGGCUGAUGGCGUGGCGGGCGUGCUGACUGCACAGGACCCCUGCCUGGCGCGCAGCCUGGCAGAGCCAGUAGCAGCCCUCCUGCAGGUGGUCCAGAGCAACCGCAAGUACACCCACGUGCUGGCCCCCUCCAGCACUUUCGGCCGCAAUGUGCUGCCGCGGGCAGCAGCACUGUUGGAUGUGCAGGCAGUGGCUGAUGUCGCUGAGGUGAAGGAUAGCUCCACCUUCGUGCGCCCCAUCUACGCCGGCAAUGCGCUGGCCACCGUGAAAGUGCUGGGCGAGGGGCCACGCAUGUUGACAGUGCGCCCCACCGCCUUUGCGGCGGCAACGGCCCAAGGCGGCAACGCGUCUGCGCAGCCCGUCAGCGCAGAGGAGCUGCAGGCAGCCCGGGACGCAGCGGGUGUGUCGGAGUGGGUCGCGGAAGACGUGCGCAAGUCAGACCGUCCGGAGCUUGGGCAGGCGCGGGUGGUGAUCAGCGGCGGCCGGGCACUCAAGAGCGCAGAGAAUUUCCACACCUACCUGGACCCGCUAGCAGACAAGCUGGGGGCAGCAGUGGGGGCCUCCCGCGCGGCGGUGGAUGCCGGCUACGCACCCAAUGACCUCCAGGCAGUUGGCAUUAGUGGCGCCAUACAGCAUGUGGCAGGCAUGUCAUCCAGCAAGGUCAUUGUGGCCAUCAACUCUGAUGCCGACGCCCCCAUGUUCCAGCUGGCCGAUUACGGGCUGGUGGGGGACCUGUUCCAGAUCCUGCCCCAGCUGGACGCCGAGCUGGCCAAGCUGCUCAAGUAA